AGUUGCCAUGUGGGUGUCUAAAGUAAAGGUAGUCCAGGCAGAGGAAACAUAAGUGCAAAAGCCUCGAGGCAGCAGCAGGCUUGCUGUGUUCAGGGAAAGACAAGGGGGUGUGGGAGGCAGAAGCAGAGCAGUGGGAGGGAGCGUGUGGGGAGGAGAGGGAGCUGGGGCCAGUGCAUGGAGGGCGGCAGAGGCUCUGUCUCGAGCAAGUUGAGAAGCCACUGGAGGCUGUGAGCAGGAGAGUGGCAGAUGUGACCUCUGCUUCAAUGUGAGCACCCUCAAUCAGGUCAACAUAGGCGCCGGCUUCAGAGCAGCCAACUGGUGCCUAGCAAAAACUAACAAAAACAAAGAGUCUCUGGAUCUGCAGAAACCGAUUAAACAAAAAUAUUUAUAGAACACCGAGUACAUGAAGGACAUUUUGUAGGUAGUUUGGUUCCUCUCCUGAAGGAGAGAGCUUUCCGGAUGAGCUGGAGAUACGUGCACACACGGGAGAUGACGUCUUAUUGCAAGGCAUCACAUCAUCCGUGCUGAGAAAUGCCAGUGUUGCAGAAAUGGACACAGAGCAGGUCAGUUGAUGGACAGGGAAGAGGAGCACUCUCUAUGUGCCAGCACUGUUCUAAGUGCCCUAGGCCUUCUGCGGACAAGAUGAGCAUUUUUCUCUCGUACAUGAGACACUGAGGAUCGUGCUAGGCAGAGGUGAGCCCUUUACUGGAAGGAGUUAAUCUAGAAAGCAUAAUCUGUCUCAUUUGGGAGGAGCUAAAUAAAUCUCUCUUCAAUGAAGCAAAGGUCAAUAAGAAAAUGUGUAUUUUACCUAUAAAAUUACCUAUCAGAAUUUACCAUGAGGCAUAAUCUUAGUCAAUUGCCUAAAUUAAUGAUUUCAGACCACAAAUACUGAAACACCAAAGUGAUAAGGCGGCAGGUAUUUCAGUUAUCUACUGCUGCUUAACAAGUGACCCCUAAGCUUAGGGACUUAAAACAAUGAUUUAUUAUUGCUUAUCAUUCUGUCAGCUGGAAGGUUCUUCUGCUGGCCUCACCUGGGCUCAUUCACAAGGCUACAUUUAGUUUGGGUGUCAGCUGGGGGAUGGGCAUAGCUGGGAUGCUGGAUCACCUGAGUCUCCCUCCAUGUGUUAUUGUUUUAAAAUAUAGGUUUUAGCGCUGCCUCAGGAUGUAAAGUGUAACACAGGGGCGGGGUGGGCAGCAUGGGCCUGUGAGACUUGUGUGUGCCCCAAGCUCCCCCCAGCAGCCAGCUCUGCAGUGGUCUGCUCCGGUGGAUUUGGGUUCCAAAUGGAAGGCUGUGUGUUCUCCUCUGCUUAUUGUUGUUCCAGUUACUGUGGCGACUGCCAGAGCAGCCUUAGCACUGUGCAGAGCCCAGGUCUACCUCUCAGCCCUAUUUCGGGUUGGUCCUGGUGGAGCUACACAGGGUUGUGGCAGCACUGCCUCAAAAUAUGACCACAGAUUCUAAUUCCCACGAGUUUCCAUGGGAAUUCUUGGUAUGGGCAGCUAUUGUUGGAGUUUUUGCUGUUCCCAUUUUUUUGUGGAGAAGUUGGAGAUCGGUUACAAGUCGGCUUUAUGUAAGAAGAGAGAAGAAGCUUGCCGGUGCGCUUUCUGAACUAAUUGACAAAAAAUGUAAACUACUUGAAAACCUUACCCUCCUUAAAAAAGAGCAUGAAGGCUGUGAAGUAGAGUCAUCUUUAAAGGAGGCCAGCUUUGAGGACGAGGCAGCAGAGGCACGAAGUUUGGAGGCAACAUGUGAAAAGCUGAGCAGGUCCAAUGAUGAACUUGAGGAUGAGAUACUUGGUCUCAAAAAAGAGUUACAGAAAUCAAAACCUUCUCAACAAAAGCAACUAAUGGCAGAUAUUUCAAAAACAAUACAGUCUCUAGAAGAUAACUCAAAAUCCCUCAAAUCACAAGUAGCUGAAGCCAAAAUCAUCUUCAAGAUAUCUCAAAUGAAUGAAGAAAGACUGAAGAUAGUAAUAAAAGUUUCCUUGAAUGAAAAUUUUCAACUUCAGGAAAGCCAGAAACAGCUUUUGCAAGAAGCUGAAGUAUGGAAAGAACAAGUGAGUGAACUUAAUAAACCGAAAAUAACAUUGGAAGACUCCGGAGCACACGCAGAGCAAGUUCUAAACGAUAAAGACAAUCACAUCGAGACUCUGACAGAACGCUGGCUGAAGAUGAAAGACUGGGCUGCUGUGCUUGGAGAAGACAUAAUGGAAGAUGAGAACUGGAAAUUACCAAUGAACAGUGAAUCAGAAGAUGGUGCUAACUCAGAUCAUCCUCCAGAAGGAGCUUCGAAGAAACGGAUUCAUGCUGCUAAGUUAAAUGCUUCUUUGAAAAUCUUGGAAGGAGAAAGAAACCAAAUUGAUUUUCAGUUAUCUGAAGGUGAAAAAACAAAGGAAGAGCUUACACAGUGUAUUAAAAAUCUUCAGACUCAACAAGCAUCUUUGCAGUCAGAAAACACACAUUUAGAAAGUGAGAAUCAGAAGCUUCAACAGAAACUUAAAAUAAUGACUCAGUUCUAUCAAGAAAAUGAAAUGAGACUCUAUAGGAAAUUAACACUACAGGAGAACAGCCAGUUACAGAAAGAAGAGAAACUUUCUAAAGUAGACAAAAAGACUGUCCAUCCCACCGAGGAGCUGGAGACCUACAGAAAGCGAGCCAAAGAUCUCGAAGAAGAACUCAAGAGAACUAUUGAUCACUAUCAACGGUGGACCAUUGCCUAUGAGGAAAAAGCACAUCGUGAUCAGUUGGCAGCUUGGACUGCUGAGGGAAACCUCAAUGAUUUAAGGAAAGAAAAUGCCCACAGCAGACAAAAAUUCACUGAAAUAGAGUUUAAAUUUAAGCUCUGGAAAGAUCCUGAUGCAUUUGAUGUUCCAAGUAGGGCAUUUGGCAGAGAACAUUCCCUGUACAGUCCCUCACCAAUGGGUGGACCUUCAUGUGAAAUGAGAGCUUUUCUCUGUCCUCCAACUCUAUUGGAGGGUCCGCUCAGACUCUCACCUUUGCUUCCUGGGGGGAAAGGAAGAGGCUCAAGUGGUCCAGGGAAUCCUCUGCAUCGUCAGAGUACCAGCGAAAGAGGAGAAUCAACCUGUGGUAUGGAGAGACCAAGAGGUCAAGAGUCUGUUGCCACUGAAAAGACUGUGACUCACAGAUUCCAAGAGAAGGGAAAGUACUAUGCCAUGCAGGAGCACAUAGGGAGGCAACGUUGUCAUUGAGAAGGCAAGAGUGAUGGGAAAACACUGUAAUUCCAGCACUUUGGGAGGCUGAGGUGGGUGGAGCACCUGAAGUCGGGAGUUCGAGACCAACCUGACCAACAUGGAGAAACCCGUCUCUACUAAAAAUACAAAAUUAGCCGGUGUGGUGGUGCAUGCCUGUAAUCCUAGCUACUUGGGAGGCUGAGGCAGAAGAAUUGUUUGAACCUGGGAAGCAGCAGUUGCAGUGAGCCAAGAUUGCACCAUUGCACUCCAGCCUGGGCAACAAGAGUGAAACUCUGUCUCAAGAAAAUAAAAAUAAAAAUAACGAUGGCUCACACCUGUAAUCCCAGCACUUUGUGAGGCUGAGGAGGGUGGAUCAUGAGGUUAGGAGUUUGACACCAGCCUGGCCAAGAUGGUGAAACCCUGUCUCUACUAAAAAUACAAAAAUUAGCUAGGUGUGUAUGGGGUGCCUGUAAUCUCAGCUACUCCGGAGGCUCAGGAAGGAGAAUCACUUGAACUCAGGAGGUGGAGGCUGCAGUGAUCCGAUAUCUCACCACUGCACUCCAGCCUGGUGACAGAGCAAGACUCCCUCUCAAAAAAAUAAAAAUAAAAUAAAAAUAAAAAACAAAAAUAAAAAUCAUCUAUAUUAUACAAGAUAAUAAUAGAAAUUCAAAUAGUUCACCCAAAAAAAGUACCAAUAUUUAUACAUGGCAUAUAUCAUUUGAAAUUUCAGAUUCAUAUAGUAUUUAUUUUACUUAUUUUACAAAAAUAGGAUUGAGAUGUGCUGCUUUCCACAUGUGCAUGUUUGUUUCAAGGGUGUAUUUAGUGAAGUUGAGGUUUGGGCUUCUAUUUGAUUCCUGUCACCAACAGUGAACACAGUCUCCAAUGGGAAGUUUGCCAGCUCUUGCCCCAUUGGAGUCCCUAGUGUCUGUUGUUCCCAUUUUUAUGUCUGUGUGUACCAAAGAUUAUCUCCCACUUGUGAGAACAUACAUCAUCAUUUUUAAUAUAAGCUUCACAGAAUCUUGUAAGUUACUUAAAAUCAUUCUAUGCUUGGACAUUUAUGUUGUUUCUACUUUUUAGGUAACACGGCAUUAAGUACACUAGCAUGUAUAUCUUGUCAUUAGAUUAUAGGGGUUGAUUAUUAAUGUGGAAGUAGAUGAGAUCAUGUAGUCAAUUGCUUAAAUCUCUAACUGAAGUUACAUGUAGUUAAUUUUCAAUUGUGCCAAGUAGGAGGGAAGGACGUGGACAGAAUCCUAAAGAAUACGCUAUAAAGAUGGAGCAAAGGUGGAGGAGCCAUUUAUCCCAAAAUGAACCAGACUUGUUAGUCAAGAGAAUUCCAAAAGUGUGUGAAGAAUUGCCAGAGCCAUUUGCUUUUCAUCUAUGGAAUUUAUCAAGUUUGCUUCUUGUUUCUUCCAGGAGAUUUUCUGCAUCUUUUGUCCGCUCCCCUUCCCACGUGGUGUGGACUCGAUCCAUUUUCCACCUUGACUGAUGACUUUGUUUGUAUUUUCUAUUUUGAAAUUCCGGCCAGGCAUGGUGGCUCAUGCCUGUAAUCCCAGUACUUUGAGAGGCCGAGGCAGGCAGAUGACAAGGUCAGGAGUUUGAGUGUCAGGUGCCUGUAAUCCCAGUUACUCAGGAAGCUGAGGCAGGAGAAUCACUUGAACCUGGGAGGCAAAGGUUGCAGUGAGCCGAGAUCACACCUGGUGACAGCGAGACUCCAUCUCGAAAAGAAAAAAAGAAAAAAGAGAGAAAUCCCUUUCAGAUGGAGAUAAACCAGGGUUUGGAUGGGACCUUGAGUUGCAUAAUGGUGGGGACUCAGUUUAAGAAAAAGAAUACAGGCCGGGUGCAGUAGCUCAUGCCUGUAAUCUCAGCACUUUGGGAGGCUGAGAUGGGUGGAUCAUCUGAGGUCAGGAGUUCAAGACCAGCCUGGCCAACAUAGUGAAAACCACCCCCCAUCUCUACUAAAAGUACAAAAAAAGAAAUUAGCUGGGCAUAGUGGUGGGUGCCUGUAAUCCCAGCUCUUCAGGAGAAUUGCUUGAACCCGGGACAGGGAGGAUGCAGUGAGCCGAGAUCAUACCAUUGCACUCCAGCCUGAGCAACAAGAGCAAAACUCCGUCUCAAAAAAAAAAAAGAAAA